AUGUCGGAUCCACGCCCACCAAGUACCACACCGUCGAGCUCAGCCGCGGCUCAGACUCCACUCACGACAACGGUCCUCGAUCCGCGCGGAGAUCUAUUCAUUCAUGUCAGCGGCACAGACUCUUCAGGAAGCAAUGAGCCAGCACGAUUCAAAGUCUGCUCGCGAACUGUAGCCAGAGCCUCAAAGGUGUUCGACACGAUGCUCUUUGGCAGUUUUGUUGAAGCGAAGAAGCUGCAGGACACCAGCGAGUGGGCGGUAUACUUGCCGGACGAUGCAGCCUCGGCCAUGAAACCCGUCUUCGAAAUUAUGCACAGUAACUUCAGCGGCCUCGUUCCUAUCGAAGCAAAAGAUACAGAGCGCGCACCCAUUCGUCACAUGUACGACCUCGUUGUGGCUGCGGAUAAGUAUAAGUGCGUAGCACUGCUCCGCCCAUUCGCGGACGGCUGGGUGCAAUUGUUGCUAGACGUGAAGGUCAACGAAGAGCGAGAUCUUCUGCGGAUGGCAUGGAUUUAUUAUCAACUGGGCUAUAAGCAUGGCUACACGCGGACCAUUACACAGCUUGUGGUGGGCUUUCCUCCAUGGAUCGACGAUACUAUCACCCCACAAGACCUCGCACCGAGUGCUCUUCCGCCUGGCCUUUCAGAAACUCUGAUCCAUUACCGAAGUCAUAUGAUCAGAGACCUGAUCGAUCCCGUCGAACGCGUCGUGCUGCGAUUCCUGAGCACCACUCCGGGACUCAAAGGUCAUUGCAUGUCCAGCUUGAGCGAGCCCAAAGACAGGCAAGACUGCGAGCACCGUAUCCUCGGCAAACUGAUCUGCGACCUGAACAAGCACAACAUGUGGCCGAUCCCCGAACUUGAGAAGCUGCCGUGCAGUCCCGAGGCACUUGCGCGCAUCACCACGCCAGUGUUCUCGGGGCGCGAGGGGGCUAAUACAUCUUGCAAUAACCAAUCUCAUAUGGACCACUCAGCAUGUGCUCUGAGGAGGCGUUUGACCUCUGGCUGGUCUCGCAAACUGAAGCUUUCUCAGUCACGCCCGCCUACUUACACUGACAACUAUGAGUACAAGAUACACCCGGACGAGGACGGACACAUUUCCCGCCAAUCAGUAUUGACUGGCCUGAACCUCGUCACUUUCCCUGCGGCCAACCGGAAACGGAAAAGUGCUAUAGUAUUUCUCAGCUAG